AGAAAAUAUCAACAGUGAAUCUAAUAAUGUACUUGGCGGUAGACGAAUUGUAGACAUGGCAUAUAUAUUUCUACAAAUUCAAAAUUCGUGUAGCAAAAUGCAUACUCCUGGGUUUGGAUGCACAUUUAUUAACGUAGAGUUUAUGAAAGAAAUUCGAAAAGGAUUUGAAUCUACAUGGAUUUUUAAGUGUAAAAUGUGCAACUUAUUGACUACAAUUUUAUCAGAAACUAAAAAACUGGAAUAUAUACCAAUAAACAAAGCCAUUACCAAUGGUACUUGUGCUAUUGGUAUAGGUUAUACACAAUUGGCUGAACUUUCAGCAAGUAUUGACAUACCAUGUAUGUCUCCAAACACAUACAUCAAACUCACUGACAUUUUAAGUGAAGAUAUAAAAGUUACUGCUUGGAAUGUCAUGAAACUUGCCGGUAUUGAGGAAAAACAAUUAGCGCUGGAAGCAGGUGAUGUCGAUAUCGACGGUAUACCUAUGUGCCCAGUAGUUGCCGACGGACAGUGGAGUAAACGUAGUUACAAAACUAAAUACGACGCAUAUUCAGGAGCGGCUACAAUUAUUGGUUAUCGUACAAAAAAAGUAUUGUUUGUCGGAAUACGAAACCGAUAUUGCGCAAUUUGUGAAAGGGCUAAAAUUGUCAAACUAGACCCUAAGCCACAUAAAUGUUUUUUAAACUGGACAAAAGGGGCUACAAGUAUGGAAGCUGAUGGAAUAGCAGAAGGCUUUUUAAAUAGUAUUGAAUUGCAUGGCUUAAAAUUCAACAAACUUAUUGGUGAUGGAGAUAGCAGCGUUACAAAGAGACUAAACGAAGUAAUGCCAUAUGGACCUACAUUUCUUGUUGAAAAAAUAGAAUGUAGGAAUCACAUUCUCCGCAAUUAUAGUCAAAAAUUGAUGAACCUUACUAGAAUAACUAAAUAUCCAUGUUUCAUAAGGAAGUUUAUAGUUAGAAACAUUAUUCGAUUUAGAACCGCUAUCACUAAAUCAAUAAAGUAUCGAAAAAAUCUCGACGAAUCAAAUUAUCAAAAAAUUGAAGGUUUGCGAAAGGAUAUUUUAAAUAGUCCAUACCAUAUAUUUGGCAAACACACUAAUUGUGCUCAAUAUUUUUGCACUGGAAGAAAGUUAUACGAACUGAAUUUGAUCGACGAAGUAUUGCAAUGUGGUUUAAUGAAAGAUAUUUAUACCGCACUAAGACGUGUUGCUGAUAAUGCAAAAAGUUUAUUACUUGAUGUUGAUAACAACAUUUGCGAACAGUUUAAUAGUGUCAUUAAUAAACAUAUAGGCGGUAAACGAAUUAAUUUUUCUCAAAAACAGUCGUACAGCACUAGAAUAUAUACUGCUGUAGUAUCAUUUAAUACAAAUGGCAAUUAUAUACGAGAGAUUCACAAAAAGAUAACAACCAAAAGUCCAGGAAUCGUAGCCAAAAAAUUUUUGAAGCAUGCGGCAGAUAAACGAAUAACAUUAAGACGCAGGAGAGCACUUUUUAAAUUAUCUGGAGUGUAUAAAUCAAAAAAAAUAUCAUGCGGCCCCGACGAACAUUAUGGACUAGCUGAACCCUUGGAUGAUUUUUUGUCCGAGGAAGAAAUGAAAAAUAAGAAAGCAGAAUUUAUAAAAUCACUUUCACUUUCAUUAACUGCCAAAAAAACAUUAGACUUCUAA